CAUUAUAUUUGGUGAUUUUACUUUUAUAAUAUAGAAUGCGAUAUAAUUGUAAACAAUCCUUAAAAUUGUAUUAUUUAUAAGGUUAUAAAUAUUUAAAAUAGUAUACAUCAUAGAAACGAAGUUCGACAGACCUUAGUUUGAAACAUUUUAUUAAUUUAAGAUUUCUUGUACUAGAUUUUGAAUUAAACUCAUCUAGUAUGACUUCGGGAAGAAAAAAGUCAGGAGGUACUAAAUUUGAAUUUAGUGAGAAACAGAUGGUUGAUAUUAAGGAAGCUUUUGAGUUAUUCAACAAAGAGGGAACUAUUGAAGCUAAAGAAUUGAAGGUGGCUAUGCGAGCUUUAGGUUUUGAACCUAAAAAAGAAGAAAUUAAACGCAUGUUAUGUAGUAUAAACAAACAACACACUGGUCAUAUAUCAUUUGAUGAUUUUGUAACAUUAAUGUCUCAAAAAAUGGCUGACAAAGAUUCUAGAGAAGAAAUUAUGAAAGCUUUUAAAUUAUUUGAUGAUAAUUGUACUGGAAAAAUUUCAUUUGAUAAUUUGAAACGUAUAGCUCAAGAAUUGGGUGAAAAUAUUGCUGACGAAGAACUUCAGGAAAUGAUUGAUGAAGCUGACAAAGAUGGUGAUGGAGAAGUUAGUCAAGACGAAUUCCUUCAAAUUAUGAAAAAAACUAAUCUUUAUUAACAUUUUUGUGAGAUAUUGUACUGUUACUAUAAUAUUUAAUUAUUUAUUUGUAUAUAUUAUUUAUAAUGAAAAAUGAUUAUUACUUUAAAA